AUGUGGCGAGACCGCACCAACCUUUACAUUUCUUAUCGCCAAUCGUACGGCCAUCGCCCUAAGCAACGGAAACCACCAUACGCUCAUCGCUCCAAUCCCACGUCAUCCGAGAUCCUCUCCGGCGCCUACUCGAACAACAGCUAUGGCGCCGACGACCGACGCGGACUGCUCUCGGGCGGCGAGCUGGACGACGACGAUGGAGACGCCGUCAUCGAAAUGGACUUGCUGCCUCCGCGCUGGGCUGAUGUGUCGGACGAGAUAGGCGACUUGCUGGCGGAGGCGGCUUGCAAGGGCCAAGACCUCGACGUGCUGCACCAGAAACACGUCCUUCCAGGCUUCAACGACGACGAGUCGAAACGAAUGGAAGAGAAGCAGAUUGAGCUGCUGACGCGGCAGAUAACAGGCACCUUCCACAGCUGCCAUCGCAGCAUCAAGCGCGUGGACGAGCUGGUUCGCGAAUCCAAGCAUGCCGGAGGCCUCUCCAGGGCAGAGGAGACCAUGGCCAAGAACAUACAGAUAUCCCUGGCGGCCAGGGUGCAGGAAGCAAGCGCCAGCUUCAGAAAGAAGCAGAGCGUGUACCUCAAGAAGCUUCGCGAUAUGGACGGCCUAGCCAGCUUCCCAGCAGCCGAGCGGUCGUUGACGCCGCAGCCCGGCUCGUACUUGGACCCGUCUCUGCAGGAGUCUGAUGCCGACCGGUCGUUUUCCCAGUCGACCCUCCUCGCCGCGUCGCAGCAGAAGCCGCUGGGUCUUGACGACGCCACGAUUAGAAAGCGGGAAGGGGAAAUCGAGGAAAUCGCGCAGGGCAUCAUUCAGUUGUCGGAUCUGUUUCGCGAUCUUCAGAACAUGGUCAUCGAUCAAGGCACCAUGCUGGAUCGCAUCGACUACAACGUCGAGAGCAUGAGCGAGCAUGUCAAGGGGGCUGACGAGGAACUCCAAAUCGCAUCGGGCUAUCAGAGGAGGACGGCCAAACGAAAAGUUAUUCUGCUCUUAAUCCUCGUCAUUGCCGGGCUGUUCAUUUUAUUGUUGGUCAAGCCGAGACGGCGGUCGCAAAGCGUUGCCAAACGCGCAAAAAUAGAAUAA